UCUGUGUCCCUUGUGCUCUUCCUCCUUCCCUGUAAGUAUGGAGUCUGUUGAGGUAGAGGAAGAGCCCUUAUUAUGACUCCAGCACACAGGAACAUAUCAGUACAUUCUCCAUGUUCAUGGCUCCCUGUUGUUAAACAGAGUAGGGAAGGCGGCCAUAUAAUACCGUAAGACUGACAAAUGUUGAUUUAACAAAAGAAAUGUUUACUGGCGAUGCCCAUCUUCAAUAAUCUGCAAAUACACUCCAGUACACAUGCCAACCACAAACCUGAACCCAAAGCUAGAACAGAACUGACCCUCAUCACAUCCAGGUCAGCCACAGCUCCCUCCCCAACACGACAAUCAAGGCAAUACACAGCCCAGUACACAGCCCAGUACACAGCCCAAUACACAGCCCAGUACACAGCCCAGUACACAGCCCAAUACACAGCCCAGUACACAGCCCAGUACACAGCCCAGUACACAGCCCAAUACACAGCCCAGUACACAGCCCAAUACACAGCCCAAUACACAGCCCAGUACACAGCCCAAUACACAGCCCAAUACACAGCUCAGUACACAGCCCAGUACACAGCCCAAUACACAGCCCAGUACACAGCCCAGUACACAGCCCAAUACACAGCCCAAUACACAGCCCAAUACACAGCCCAGUACACAGCCCAGUACACAGCCCAAUACACAGCCCAGUACACAGCCCAAUACACAGCCCAGUACACAGCCCAGUACACAGCCCAAUACACAGCCCAGUACACAGCCCAGUACACAGCCCAGUACACAGCCCAAUACACAGCCCAGUACACAGCCCAGUACACAACCCAAUACACAGCCCAGUACACAGCCCAGUACACAGCCCAGUACACAGCCCAGUACACAUGCCAUACCGUGACUGGCAGGGAGCCGCUGUACAGUAAACGCUCCCAAGGUUUUUCUGCUGGUUCUGAUUGGACUAUGCUUCAGCUAAUUAUCAUAGAGUAUUUAUUAUCUUCCUUCUUACCUCCGAGACCAUAAAAAACUGGAAUUAAAUAGUGUGAUUUUAAAAAAUAAGAAUAUUAUCCUAUAAUUCCAACCCACUACAAAGUCCCUUAUCCCCAAGGGAAGGACUGUGAAACAAAGAGACCUAAGGCUGGGGAGUGGACUUCCCCCAACCUUGAGUGGGCCAAGGAUUAUUCUGCCCCAAGAAAAGCCCCCUCUCUAGCUAAGGGAUGCACAGCACACCCCUGCAACAAGGUCCUAGGCAUGUCCAGGGACCUCCUCUGUCUCUGGGGGUAUGAAAACUGGGCACCUGGGCUUUGGGGAAGGUUUAGCCGGGGAGUCAGGGGGGCAAUCAAAGGCCAACUGAGCUGGGGUGUGGAGCUCUCUCCCCAACAUGAGGAGAGAAGGGGUACAGGAUGUGGAGUCCUGCCCUGUGGAGCGACAGGCCAUGAGCACUAGGGGCAGCUGUGUGUCCCAGUCAUGCUGAUACUCUGCCACAAGGACGGCUGCUGCUGUUCCAGGGUGCAGUGAAACCUCUCCACCAGGCCGUCACUCUGAGGCUACAGGGGGGAGGUGGGUGUCUUGUGUUUGCGCAGCCGGCUGCACAGGGAGGAGAACACAGCUCAGACUCAGAAUUCCUCCCCUGGUCACUGCAGAGUCUCUGGCUCCCCGAACUGGUUAAACACGCCCUCCACCAGGGCAUCUGCGAUCGUCUCCCCCUUCUGGUCAGGGAUGCCAUAGGUUUCUGGCCACCAGGUAAAGUAAUCCAUCCCCAUGAACAUGUAGCUGUUACCCCUGUCAGAGGGCCCAAAACGUCCACUGCCAUUCAUUCCGUUAUGGCCCCACUGGGAGCUGCUGCAGCUGGGCGAGUGACCUGCCCGUGGGGCCCUUCUGUGCCGUGCAGAGGUCACAGCGAUGGCAGAAGUCCUUGGCAUCCCUGUACUGCCCCCUGUAGACCCCUCUGCAGCACGUCAUCGCAGAGACACAGGGUCUUGACUUUGGACCAUAGUCUCUUGGUUUCCUGGGAGAAAGCUGCCAUCUUCCCAUAGAAGCCUCCACUGGGCCCCCACCUCCUGUAGCACUGGAGCCAGGUCAGUGUGCUGCUCCUGUCUACCUCCAGUCUGACACCCAGACAGCCUGCAGCUCAGGGCAGGUGACGCCUCUCCCUGGCACACUGCUGCACAGGCUUCCCCCUCUAGCAGCAGCUCCUCGUCCCAGACCUCCCUCUACUCACAGUAGAGGCCCCCAUCUGUAGUAAAAGACAUGCUACAGAGGGUCUCCUGGCACUGUAAUGACCAGACAAACUCCCUGUCCCUUUGCAGAAGCUGGAACAAAGGGGUGACCGUGCAGACAAAACCCCCCCAGGCAACAAGGAACAGUGCCCCCUUUAGACAGCCCUAUGCACAAGGCACAGGAUAGCAGCUUGGGGGUACAGGGGUCACUGGUGUGGGAGGGGUUGGCACCCAACUCCAGACCAAGUCCUUCCUGCCUAACAGACUGUCCCCCCCCAGCUGACCUCCUGGGCGCCCCCAAGGUGGCAAACCUGGUGAGAGCUGCCCCCCCCCCCAAUCUAGCAGGGACCCCAGACCACAUUCAGAUGGGGACUCGAGGGAAAGGGCUUUGAGUGGCACUUCAGAUAUCGAGCUUUUCCAGCCGCACAGAAACCGCUCUGAUUGUGAUGGAGAAACACAGCUGAGGUUUACAGGCCCAAUCCCAGAAUGCAGAGCAUAGAGCAUGAAGGCUGUUCUGGUGACUGUAACAAACAUACAGUGACCCCUGCUGAUGAGAUCAUUGUCCUGCCCCCCCCCCCCCCCCCC